CAAUGUUCUACAAUGUAUUUUGUGGAAAUGCUACUUAAGUCAGUUAAACUGGCGCCUCUGAUGCAACGCUCGGUGUCCGAUAAUGGAUCUACUCCGACCGAAGAGUCGAAGCAUGAUGGAACUGCCUCUUCUUCAAGCAGCUAAUUUCCCGAAACGUUAGCUCAGAUGUCAGUCAUCACUCUUCCUACACGUGUGUGUGUGUGCGGCUCCACUAAUACACGGAGCUAACACCCCACGACUCAACCCCAUGACCUCAGACUACAUGUCGGCAGGCUGCCCAUUUAGCUGGCUAGCUUAGGCGGCUACCGCCGGUCCACUUGUCGCCCACGGGGAGCUAACGCUAGCUCAGUGUGGCCAUAUGGUCGAGCCGUAAGCAUUGAUUAGUGUGGUCGCUCCGCAAUUGGAUUAAACCGCGUCUGUCGCCGCGAACAACUGUCAAAACAAGGGGCGGUGACGUCAGUUUAGAGUAAAAAACAGUUUGGGUUUUCUUCAAACCUUUUUUUUUUUUUUUUUACAAUUCGGCCUCAAUUAAAAGGCUAUUAGUAGACUUGACCAAUCGUAAUGGAGCCACGCGCAGCGUGCAGUGAUAGGCAGACCCUCCUGAGGUCACGUGGGAGGUUCCGUUCACGCCUCAUGAUCAGAGUCUGUCAAAUUCAUUCACACCGCAUCUUUUGAACAUGGACGUCUUUACUGUAGAACCUGUGUUUGUUUGUUUUUGGGUGAUGGUGGAGGACAAAUGUGUGCCGGAGGUCAGAGCUGGACGUGCAGAAGCAGAAGUGAAAGGGAACUGCCCAUCGAUGGCCGGCCAGCCCCACCCGUCAGCUUGAUGCACCGUGACAGAGAAGCGAGUGGACCACACAACACAAGUACUGCCGCGAAUUGCCAUGGAAGACACUCAGCCCAAGCCUGCCACCCCGGAGCCGAGCCCUGCGGCCAGUCCGCCUCCCAGUCCUGUUCCCAGUCCAGCGCCCAGUCCGCUGCUGGACAGAACUGCUUUACCUGCUGCAAACAACGUGGAGCACCUAAACGUUAACCAGAUCCAGGUGGUGGUACGGCGCUGCUCCACACCAAAUGUUACAGAGGAGACGACGUAUUUUCUUCCUCGAAACCCUGUGGUGGACGCUGGCACAAACACAGACCCACCAGUGGUCUGCUGCCCCUUGCUCCGCAGAUUCUGCCCGUGUCCACCAAGAGGCCUUCUGGCCUCUCUCAUAACCAAAGUCAUUUUGGCAGCUGUGCUCUUUGGAGUGGUUUGGUCCAUCACGGAGGACGAAUGUCUUCCAGGGGGAAACCUGUUUGGCAUCACAAUACUCUUCAUCUGUGCACUCCUCGGUGGCAAACUGGUGGCUCUCAUCCGUCUGCCCAAACUUCCACCGUUCCCGCCCCUCCUGGGUAUGCUGCUCAUGGGUUUCAUGCUGAGGAACAUCCCGGUUAUAACAAAUGGGGUGUACAUCGACUACAGGUGGUCGUCAUCACUGAGGAACAUCGCUCUGGCCGUCAUUCUUGCCAGAGCUGGUCUCGGGUUGGAUCCCACGGCUCUGAGGAAACUGAAGUCCGUGUGUGUGCGUUUGGCAGCUGGGCCCUGCAUGGUAGAGGCCUGCACCACAGCUCUGGUCUCUCACUUCCUCAUGGGCUUGCCCUGGGUGUGGGGCUUCAUCCUCGGUUUUGUGAUGGGCGCUGUGUCUCCAGCAGUCGUGGUUCCCUCCAUGCUGCUGCUGCAGAAGGACGGUUACGGCGUGGAGCAGGGCAUCCCCACCUUGCUGAUGGCUGCUGGCAGCUUUGACGACAUCCUCGCCAUCACUGGCUUCACCACAUGCUUUGGCAUGGCCUUCGCCACAGGCUCCACUUGGUACAACCUCCUGAGAGGUGUCCUGGAGGUGGCCGGUGGGAUGGUUGCUGGGAUUAUUCUUGGCUUCCUCAUCCAAUACUUUCCCAGCGUUGACCAGAAAUACUUGGUAAUGAAGCGCUCCUUCCUGGUGCUCGGCCUCUCCGUCUUUGCUGUUUUUGGCAGCACCGUGGCUGGCUUUCCCGGCUCUGGAGGCCUCUGCACCCUGGUGUUGGCAUUUCUGGCUGGGCUCGGCUGGGGGUCGGAAAAGGCACGCGUGGAGGAGGUGGUCGGAUGGGCGUGGGACGUGUUUCAGCCUCUACUCUUUGGACUCAUAGGAGCAGAGAUCCGAGUCUCUGAGCUGGAAGGAAACACAGUCGGUCUGGGUAUAGCCACUCUGCUCAUUGCCCUCCUGGUCCGACUCCUCUUCACCUAUGUGUGUGUGUUGUGUGCGGGCUUUAACAUGAGGGAAAAGGUGUUCAUAGCCCUCGCGUGGAUGCCCAAGGCCACAGUGCAGGCCGCUAUAGGCUCCACAGCUUUAGACAUGGCCAGAACAAAGGACGACAAGCAGCUGCAGAAGUACGGCAUGGAUGUGCUGACGGUGGCCGUGCUUGGCAUCCUACUCACAGCCCCCGUAGGAGCUCUUAUUAUAGGACUCUCUGGACCUCACCUGUUACAGAGACCGAAGAACUCAGCCUCUGGUGAGCGAGUCAAACCCAGUUUAUCAGCUUUUCUCCUAGGCACUGGAGCGGGAAGUGAAGACGACAAUGAAACUCCCGUCACAUAUGAAAGUACUCUCUGACCCCGCCCGUCUUCAUCCAGCAAGCGAGAACAUUUAACAACACUACCUUCCUUUUGUGUCUCUAUCUGCUGGUCAGCUCCUAAUGUUUGCCAUUCUGAAGGAGCAGGUGAAUCACCCUGUAUUUAUAGCCCCUGGUGGUUUCCAGUCGUCGGGCUUCAAACAAAUGACCUAAACGUCUGCACUGUCGAGCUGUAAUGCUGUAUUUUAUUAUAAGCAGGUUUUUUUGUGAGGGCUACUUAACUGAAUGUACUGACAGUAGCAGUAUUUAUUUUGUCUUAAAUUAGUUGACACACAUUUUAAUUUUGGGGUAUUCUGCACUCCGUACAUUUUUACAGCAAUGUGUCUGUGUAUUUUUAUUAAAAGAUGUAUUAGCUGUUUGUCAUGGUGAUGAGAAGGGUUUUUGUAGUUUACAAGGACUCAGGAAAAGAUCGUAAUUGGCCACAAUACUUUCUAGUUUAUACAAAAUGCUGCUAUAUCAUCUACGACAUGGCACUAUGUCCUCUCCAUACUAAAAGCAAUCGUGUUAACCAAACCUUUCAUAGUUUGAUUUUGAAGAAAAGUAGAUUUAGAUUUUUUUCAUGUUUGUUACAUGUUUUUUUAUUUUUAUUCCAGAUGUAUGCAGUGUAAGUUAUUUUUGAUUUGUUUGAAUUUAUAUUACCUCAUUGAAAAGGUUUUUAUGUAUUAGAAGCCACUAUUUGAAGAUUUUACAGACACGAGCAUUAGUUUUUUACCAAAUUUUCUUUGAACAAUAAAUGCUGUAGUUAAUGUGCAACAAGGUGUAAUUUCAGUUUGAUAUAUGUUAAGUAAUGACCCCAAUUUAUUUUGGCGAUGCUUUAAGGUUUUAGGAUUCCGUUGUUAAAAAAGAAAAACAAAUUUAGGCAUCCAAUGACUGAAUGACUUUAUAAAGACUUCAUACAUUUGAA